CGCAGCACAGCAGGGCCCGGGCGGGGCAGCACCACGCCCCCCUUCCCCCACGCCUUGGGUCAGGACUACAUGUCCCAGCAUGCACCACCCCCGCCCCUCCCCGCAGCGCCCGGCAAGAUGGCGUCGCCCGCGUCGCCCUUGGUUACUGCGUGCUGCCUGCUCCGGGCCGGGGCCUGGCGCCCUCCAGCCCGCCCGCUGCUGGCCCGCGCUGCCGCCCCGCCGAGAGCAUAUACAGUUUAUGCUGCUGAGAAAGUAGCUCCUAAAACUCUAUCAGAUGUGAACUCUAAAGCCUUGCUGGUUUGCAGUGGACCAUUGGAACACUAUGACUUUCUGAUCAAAGAAGAAGAUCUGAGGAGUGAUGAACAGCAGCGGCAAGUUGUGCAGUGUUUGCAGAAGUUACAUGAGAGCUUAAAAGACUACAGUGUUAGUUCAAAAAACCUUCUAUCAAAGCUGUUUGCAAAAAGAAAACCUCCAAAAGGCCUUUAUGUCUAUGGAGAUGUUGGCACAGGAAAGACAAUGGUGAUGGACAUAUUUUAUUCUCAUCUGGAGGCAGAGAGGAAAAAGAGAGUCCAUUUUCAUAGCUUCAUGCUAGAUGUACACAAAACACCUUAUGUUGUGAGGAUCAGAUCAGGGAUACACCGCCUUAAACAGCGCUUGCCAAAAAGAAAACCAGGGCUUAUGGCCAAAUCAUAUGACCCAAUAGCCCCAGUAGCUGAGGAAAUAAGUGAAGAAGCUUGUCUCUUAUGUUUUGAUGAAUUUCAGGUCACUGACAUCGCUGAUGCCAUGAUUCUGAAACAGCUUUUUGAAAAUCUGUUCCGGAAUGGGGUGGUGGUUGUGGCAACAUCCAACAGGCCACCGGAAGACCUCUAUAAAAAUGGGCUUCAGAGAGCCAACUUUGUACCAUUUAUUGCUGUCUUGAAGAAAUACUGCAACACAGUCCAACUUGAUUCCGGAAUAGACUACCGGAAACGGGUGCUUCCUGCAGCAGGGAAACUUUACUACCUCACAAGUGAAGCUGAUGUGGAGGCUGUCAUGGAUAAGUUGUUUGAUGAGCUGGCUCAGAAACAAAAUGAUUUAACUAGACCAAGGAUUCUGAAAGUGCAAGGCAGAGCGCUGAGGCUGAAUAAAGCAUGUGGAACCAUUGCAGACUUCACAUUUGAAGAGCUGUGUGACAGACCACUUGGAGCCAGUGACUAUUUGGAAGUAUCUGCCAAUUUUGAUACGGUCUUUGUUCGCAACAUACCACUAUUAACAAUGGCACAAAGGACUCAAGCUCGCCGCUUUAUUACUCUUAUUGACACAUUUUAUGAGCACAAGGUUCGUAUUAUUUGUUCUGCAUCCGUGCCUCUCCAAAGCUUGUUUCUGCAAGAAUACCAUGAUGGUGGGCUGGAGGAAAGUAGAGUGUUGAUGGAUGACUUGGGGUUGAGCCAGGAUUCAGCUGAAGGACUUUCCAUGUUUACAGGAGAGGAAGAAAUCUUUGCAUUUCAACGUACUAUCUCACGGCUUACUGAAAUGCAGACUGAGCAGUACUGGAAAGAUGGAGACAGAAGCAAGAAACAGUUGUAAUUCAAAGAUGUACAAAACCUCAAAACACAAAAUAUAGCAUGCAAAGAAGAGAAACUGAAAUAGAAUUGGAAGGAUUUUUUAACAUAAAUUAACUGAUUAUUAUUGCA